CCAGAAGCUCGGAAUCCUGUUCUCUCUGCACUUAUCGGCUCGCUUUCUCCUCCUCCAUCUCCGUUUAAACUCGUGGCAGCACCGGCUGUUGUCGCGUCUCGCUUAUAUAUACACCCUCUUCCAUCGGCUCUAGAUCGCCUUAGACCCCUUGCGUCGCUCUAAAUUAGAAUGGCUUCCCAAGCGCAACCGGGGCAGCGCCCCAAGGUCCAGCCCUGUCGCUACAAGACUGGCAAGACGCUAGGCGCCGGUUCCUACUCCGUGGUCAAGGAAUGCGUGCACAUCGAUACGGGUCGAUACUAUGCGGCAAAGGUGAUCAAUAAACGGUUGAUGGCUGGCCGUGAGCACAUGGUACGGAAUGAGAUCGCAGUGCUGAAGAGAGUAUCAAUGGGCCACCAGAACAUCCUGACCCUGGUCGACUACUUCGAGACCAUGAAUAACUUAUACCUAGUCACCGACCUUGCACUCGGUGGAGAGCUCUUUGAUCGCAUCUGCCGCAAAGGCAGCUACUACGAGUCCGACGCAGCGGAUCUUAUCCGUGCGAUCCUGUCCGCGGUUGCGUACCUGCAUGAUCACGGCAUCGUGCAUCGCGAUCUCAAGCCGGAAAACCUUCUGUUCCGCACCCCCGAGGACAAUGCGGAUCUGUUGAUCGCGGACUUUGGCCUGUCUCGGAUUAUGGACGAGGAGCAGUUCCACGUUCUCACCACGACGUGUGGUACACCCGGGUACAUGGCCCCCGAGAUCUUCAAGAAGAGCGGUCAUGGCAAGCCAGUCGAUAUCUGGGCCAUCGGUGUCAUCACGUACUUCUUACUCUGCGGCUACACUCCCUUCGACCGCGAUUCCAACCUGGAAGAGAUGCAGGCCAUCCUUGCAGCCGACUACUCCUUCACGCCUCUCGAAUACUGGCGCGGUGUCUCGCACGACGCGCGGGACUUCAUCAAACGCUGCCUGACCAUCGACCCGGCCGCGCGGAUGACGGCCCACGCCGCCCUCCAACAUCCCUGGGUCAAUCCCCCCUACGACAUGGCGGCCGACAAGCUCGGCUCGGGCGAGGAUCUCCUGCCAACUGUGAAGAAGAACUUCAACGCGCGGCGCACGCUCCACAAGGCCAUCGACACCGUGCGCGCCAUCAACAAGCUCCGCGAGGGCGGCGGCCUGAUGAUGGACGGUGUGAUGAGCGUCGACCCCAAGCCCGAACGCGUCGUCGGGAACGACGUCUACGAGGAACAGCAUCACCACCCUGAUGAUCAGGCCGAUCACGACGGCGAGAUGGAGAUCGAUGGCCGCGGUAACGCCCGUGGCCAGACAGAGGAGCAGAUCCGCGCGCAGGAACGGAAGGUCAAGGAGAUGGUGGCAGGGUUGUGGAGCAAGUCUGCGAAGAAAUGAUACCGAUGACUGUUUUUGUUGUGCCAGUGGAAUGAAUGCUCAAUACUAGCCUAGAUACCUCUUUUUGUAUGCUCUCGGUCUUUCCUUUUUCUCCUUCCCCGUCGGGUUGAUAUACUUUGGAUGUCGAGCAACUGCCAGGAACAGUAGCAAGAGCUGGAGUGCACGGUGAGCAAAGUAUUUCUAUAUAAAUGUUGCUUAUACAUUAUGGC